AUGAAUCCAGGAUAUAGCCCGCUUAACGGGAAUCCCUAUCCGUCUUCUCCAUCCCCGUUCCACCAACCUGCUAGUUCCGCCUCCCCAGUCAACGGCCAGAGUUCUCACAUUCCAGCUGGCGUGCCGGCCCACACCCAUUACUCUUAUGCAGUUCACCAUACCACAUACCCUCAUGGAUAUCCCUCUUACCCCCAGUACCCAGCCACAGGUAUGAUGAUGUAUGGCACUUCGCCGACAAGCCAUCCAGACACUGUGCGCAGCCCAGCAAUGCCGUCGCCAGCUCCAAUAGCUCCAAGCACUGGCAAGCGUAAAAGGAAGUCUAGCGUUGAUGACAUCCACAGCAGGACGUCUAAUGAUCUGGAUACAGAUUCUGGCAAUGACCUCACACGCUCAACGACACAAGGCUCCAGCUCCAGCAUCGUCGUCGACACCAAGAAGCGCACAAAAACUCAGCGCGCUUGUGACAGCUGUCGGAGUCGCAAGAUCAGAUGUGAUGUUCUCCCUGACGCCGAUCCGCCAGUAUGCCAGCACUGCAAGCAAUACGGGUUCGAGUGUACAUUUUUCUUGCCCAUCACAGAGACGCGGUUCAAGAAGAAGAAGAUGGAAGAGGAGGCGGCUGCCCUAGCAGCAACAGAGAAGGAAAAAGAAUUAGAACGGCGUACGUCAUCCCCUCGCACAGAACACAGCAAAGGCGGCGAGAUGAAGGUCUAUGGUCCUACGUCUCCAGCGCAUAUGCUCCAUUCGCAAGCCAUGAUUUCUUCGCGCGUUUACGAAUCUUACGACAUGCGGUAUCACCAUUCAUGGGACGUCAGCGCGGGCGGCGACGGAGUGAUUCGUAUACAUGAACCACAGCAGGGUGAAUUGCAGCUGGCGCUGCCCAAGCCGAUCGAUAUGCGGAUCGAACGCGAUGUGCUGGAGCGACUCGUGAACGCCUACUUUUCUGAGGUCGCACCGCUAUUGCCUGUCGUAACGCGGGAGGAGUUCGUCGCGAGCAAUCCUCCGCCACCUAUGUUGCUCUAUUCUAUCUGCCUUGUCGCAGCGGCAAGGAGAGAAGUGCCCCAGGGCGUAUACGACUCGAUCCGACACGCGGUGAAUACCCUCAUCAAGGCCGAAGACGUGCUGUCGACCGCUUCGAUUGUGAAUGUGCAAGCUCUGCUGAUCCUGUCUAUGUGUGGUGACUGCCACUCGCAAUUCGUACCUAACGCACUGUCAGCGUUGUGGAUUCGCCUGGGAUGUGCCAUACGCAUGGCUCAGGAUCUUGGGUUGCAUCGUGCCGAGUCAAUCAGGCGAGAUAUUGAGAUGCGACGGCGGCUAUGGGGUAUAUGUGUGAUCAGCGACCGAUGGAUUAGUCUCACGUAUGGGCAUCCAUUCAUGAUUGACGUACAAGACUGUGACGCCCGUCUCCCAUCGUCCGGCGAUCCUAAUGAUCGGUAUAUGGAUGAGUUGGUGAGGUUGAGUGUGAUCUUGGGGCGGGUCUUGAAGACCAUCUAUACUCCUGCUGGCCUCAAUGUGACGACGGACGAGCAGCUUCACACGUUACUCAACGACAUUGACGCGUGGAGGAGGAAUUUACCAGAUGACCUGCAGUUCCGUGGGACGGACACGCAUCGUAAUGCAGGGCUGCUCUUCAUGUUGUUCACCUGCGUCAACAUGAUUUUCUGGCGCGUCUUCAUGCGCAUAUCCUACGCAUGCCCUGCGCACCUCAAGUUCGCCCUGACCGUUGAAAAGUGGACGGAGCUGGUGCAGCUAACGGGGCAGGCCAUUGACUGGCUGGAUGCCCACGAGCGUUUGUAUGACGUCUGGCUUCUUGUAUCAUAUUGCGCGACGUCAUGUGCGCUUGUGCAGUAUCACACUUGGGCGCGGCGGCGGGACCCUGAAGCACAAGCCAGAUUAAGGAAACUCCGCGACUGUAUCCGGAGAUGGGAGGCAUCCCUCUCUCCAGACCAUAUGUCAGCACGACGAAAGACAGCCGAGAUUAUCGCACUCCUAUUUGAGGCCACGCAGAGUCCUCCGGAUGUUGCUGAUGCUCCGGCGUUAAAUCCGACGGGCGGGGUUAAAGUCAAGCCUCCCCUCGGCGGGCUUGUCUUCCAGAAGGACCCGUCACGACCCGGCGGUGGCGUGUUUGUAGCGCUUUCAAAGCCGAAGGAAGGUCAAGUUGAUGGUGUGCCUCCUGGUACCAUCAUCAGCAGUGAUGGAAAGGAAGGUGAGGCGAUUGCAACCGCGAUGUCUGACGUUCGAGCCCGCAAUGACCUCGUGUUAUCGUCCGCCCGCUCUGAAUUCGCACCCUCUGCGUAUGCGUGGUCGUCACCAUUAGUUAUCACUGGCUCGCAGGCGCAACCGCAAUAUACGCCGCAAAGUCAGCAGCAGCAGGAGUCGACCGCACAGGAAUAUUCGUCGCCGGGAGGGAGCUACUCGAAUGUAAACCCGAUGAUGGACGAUGCUUCUAAUUCCGGCAACAUACAGGUGAUGAAUGUGCUGGACGUGCCGCAGGCCUCGAAUACCCUGGAGCAGUUUGCGAUAGCGGACACCGCUUUCAUGGAAGGUAUUCCGGAAGGAAUGUUUGAGUGGAAUCAAUGGGAGAGUUUCUUCUCGCGUUGGUCGCAGCUACCUCAAUUCCAGCAGCAGCGACUCCAGCAGCUCGGCAAUGUCAGUAUGCAGCAACAAGCCCAACCGCAAUGCCAACCACAAGCUCAGUACCAGUAUCCUGCCUCCGGUGCUGGGAUGUAG